UGGGGGGGGGGCGUUAGCGCCCCCGGCGCGCGGUGCCUCCGCCGCAGAGCGAAGGUGGAGGGGUCGGGAUGGCAGCGGUGGCGACCCCGGGGGGAGCAGAGGCAUCCCCGCUGCCGACUCCCGGAGGGGGUGGGGCCGAACCAGGACCGGGGCCACGGCUGCAGCAGCCCCAAGAAGAAGAAGAACACGAAGUGGUUCGUGUGAGGGUCAAGAAAUGUGAAGGCUUCUUGCAACCUGAGUUCCGGACUUUUGCUGUGGACCCACAGAUCACUUCACUGGAUGUAUUGCAGCACAUUCUCAUCAGAGCGUUUGACCUCAAUGGGAAGAAGAAUUUUACCAUCAGCUAUUUAAGCCGAGAUAAGCAAAACCAAGAAAUGUACUUGUCAUUGAUGUCAGACUGGGAUCUGGGGAUGGCCUUUGCCGGAGCUUCUAAGCCUUUUUUACAACUAAAGAUAGACAUCAAGCCCUUGGAAGACAGCCCCCUGCUAGAAGAUUGGGAUAUUAUCAGCCCUAAGGAUGUUAUCAGUACCGACUUGCUGCUAGUGGAGAAGAGAUCUCUGGCAGCUGCAGCCCUGCCCUUCACCCAAUCCAUCAUUUCCCAGGUGGGACGGACAUUGUCAAAAGUCCAGCAGGCACUCAGCUGGUCCUAUGGGGAAGAUGUCAAACCUUUCAAACCUCCUUUGAGUGACUCAGAAUUCCAUACAUAUUUGAAUCAUGAAGGCCAGUUGACAAGACCAGCAGAACUGCGUCUCCGAAUCUUCCAUGGUGGAGUUGAGCCUUCAUUGCGCAAGGUUGUUUGGAGGUAUUUGCUAAAUGUCUAUCCUGAUGGCUUGACUGGACAGGAGCGUAUGGAUUACAUGAAGCAGAAGACACGUGAGUAUGAGCAACUGAAGGGGGAAUGGGAAGCACGGACCAACCCUGAAGACCUGGAUUUCAUCCGUAGUAAUGUGCUGAAGGAUGUUCUGCGAACAGAUCGCACUCAUCCCUACUAUGCUGGUUCAGAUGAUAAUCCUCACCUGACAGCCCUGCAUGAUCUUCUGACCACCUAUGCUGUGACCCACCCACAGAUUUCCUACUGUCAGGGUAUGAGUGACAUUGCUUCUCCCAUCCUGGCUGUAAUGGACAGUGAAGCACAUGCCUUCAUCUGUUUCUGUGGCAUCAUGAAACGCCUGGAAGGUAACUUCCAGGUAGAUGGUGAAGUCAUGUCAGUUAAAUUUACCCAUCUCAAGCUUCUCCUCCGCCAUUCAGAUCUGGAUUUCUACUCCUACCUCCUGUCUCGGGGUGCUGAUGACCUCUUCUUUUGCUAUCGUUGGCUGCUGUUGGAGCUGAAACGGGAGUUUGCAUUUGAGGAUGCCUUGCGCAUGCUGGAGAUCACAUGGAGUUCCUUUCCUCCUGAUCCUCCAGAGAAGGAAGUGGAAUUAGUGGGCCCUCCAGCCAGACCCGGAGACAGCAGCCAGUCUAUCCGAAGGAGACACAUGCUACGCCCAGCUUGUAGCUUUGAGGCAGCUGGGGAUCGGCCAUGCCAGGGGGCAGUUGCUGAAGAGAAGGUAUUAGUAAAGCAGUCUAGUUUUGGGGAAUUCAGGUAUUACAUUACUCAUAAUGAAGACAAUUUGGAGGAUGAAGCGUCACUCAGAUCUCAGCACUCAGAGGAUGAGAAGGAAGAUUGCACCAGUGAGCAGGAUCCCUUGAUUCAGACAACUAACAUGGCUAAAUCCUUCUCUGCUCCAUCUCUUCGGGCCCUGACACCACCCUCUCGAGAUUCUGCCUCCUCCUCAACUAAUGGCAAUGAGGAAAGUCAAUCUGAGGAAGAGAAGGGAGACUCUGUAGUGAAUUCACCUACUUCUCCCUCCCAUGGACCCGCUUCUUCUUCUACUCCUCCUGCCCUAGUCAGCCUCCCUCCUCCGCAAGAAUUUGGCAAAGGCAAUCCCUUUGUACUCUUCUUAUGCCUUGCCAUUCUUUUGGAGCAUCGAGACCAUAUAAUCAAAAACAACAUGGACUACAAUGAGUUAGCCAUGCAUUUUGAUCGCUUGGUUCGCCGGCACAACCUUAAUAAGAUCCUUCACCGUGCCAAGGCCCUGUUUGCUAACUACUUACAGUCAGAAGUCUGGGAUUCUGAAGAGGGAGAUGAGGCAGCAGCCGAAUCUCCUGCGGUUUCAUGAUUCCCCCUUCGUCUUGAUGUGUAGGGACGGGUUCCCUGCGGUCAUUAUGGUGCAAGCAUCGAUGUGGAAGAGUGGCCAGUGAAGUAAUCCAAUUUAGGCUCAAUCGUUCAGCAAUCCUCUUGGAAGAUGGUCUGGAGCAACUAGAUUGGAUUGCCACACUCAAUACACCUUCUGUAUCUAAUGUAUCUGUUUUUAAUGAACUCUUUGGGCAAAUAUCCUAUCCAUUUUGGUGCCCCCUUCCCUUCCAAGUGCUAAAAAUAGUCUUUUUCAAAGCAAAGUUUACCCUGGAGCAGCCAGGUUCUUCCUAUUUCCCCUCCCUAAUCAAUACCCCCCCAAAUAUUUCUCCCUCUGACUCCCGCCCACUUCAUUUCUUAAGAUGUUGGUUGCUAAGAGACCCAGAUUGAUUUCUGAUCCUUCUGGAAUCGGGAUCUUUUCUUCCACAUAGCUUUGCCAAAAAUAUUUUUAAUGUUCCAUCAUGGUAUAUUUUUAUUUUCCAGCAGUUUAAGCUCAUUAGAAGUUUUACAGAGAUGCUUCAGCUUAAAAAAAAAAUGCCUCAUAUGCUUAUUUCAGUGGUUUUUGGCCCAAGUUUGCUUUUUUUUUUUUUUUUUUAAAGCACUUUAUUUUUCUGGGGCUUCUGUUCCACUUAUAGCUUUUGAUGGUUAAAAAUAUCCCUAAUAUCCAUAUGCAUGUAAAAACAAAACACACUGGAUGUGUUCAAAACCAAACUGGCAAUUUUCUGAAGGAUAGUCAACAGUUUAACAAGAGGUUGGGCAGAGAGAAUAAGUGGAGACCUGAUGCCAAAGUGCCCUUAACAGAAUAAAUUUGAGGUGUGCAGUACUUUAUACUGUGCUUGCACGUGCCUUUUGAUUAGUUGUCUUCCCAAUAACAUAACAUCCAAGACUGACUCUCUGCACAUAUAAUCAUAUCUGAAUAGGUGAGGUCCAUUUGUAGGUGAUUUAGCUGGCCCUAUUUAAACCCAGAACCUUGCUCAAAGUGGCAGGUUGACAUAAUAGCUCUAAAAUAUGUAGCAGGAAAUUCUGUAUCUUGGAGCUAAACAGAAGUCAUUUCUACUACUAUUUGUUAACCUGACACCAAGGAGGGACACAUAAUACUGUGCGCAACUUGAUUUCCUGCCAGAGAACUUUUGAAUCUUUAACUCUCCCCAAUGGCUAUUUUAGGGUUACGGUAAAAAUAGAUUCUUGCUCUUGCCUGUUGUCUACUGUUAAACUAGAUGAGAGAGAUGAUAAGAGAUUGAAGUUUGAAGACAGUGUUGAAUGAUGUCAAAUCUGAGCUAUGUUGGUUGCAUCUUUUUUCUGUCUAGGUCCAAAGUCAUCUGCCUAGAAGAAUUUUUCCCAUUCUGCUUUAAUCCAUUGAGCAGAAAGCCAAAAUUCUUGGUAUCAGCCAGGUGUGUUCCUUGAAGUCAGUUUUCUACCUGUAACAUCAUCAGGCAGUUUGAAUCCAUAUUUCUUUUAAGUUAGGCAUCUUCUGCAUCUGCUAAUAUUUUAUUUUAUGACACAGGGAGGAGGAAAUGUCUUCCCUUAGUAAUAUUGGAUAUACAAGCACAUGGCUACUGGCUUUUUUCCCUUAGCCUCAGCCUUUGUUUAUUGGGUAAAGCUGGCAUGCAGGGUUUUUCUAAUCCAUUUUAAUUAAAUGGCCACUAGAAGGAGCUGGAACUUAAUUUAAGGUAACCUGUGAAGCAACAGUGAAAUAGGUCUGCAAAGUAGGGACCGGCAACUUAUCACAUUCACAAUCCCUUUUCAUUAGCCUUCUUAGCUAGAGUGAAUGAGAUUUUGUAACAUCUGGAAGACUUCAACCCCUGUAUUCUUCGCCUGUUUGGAUGGAUAGCAUUUAUGAAGUUGGAAUAAUUGCAGGGAUGAUGAUAUUUAAUCAAAAUAUUUAAACUCUAAGCCUUUUGGAGAGGCCAAGAAAAGGGCGUUUGGGUUCCCCAUACUGAUAGUUAAAAGUGUGUUACUACUAACUCAUGGCUGUAAAUGGUGCCUUAAGAGCUUUGAUAUUAAUGAGAUGCAUCCUCCUGCAAUAUAGAAAUCAGCAUAUUAUUAAUUUACUCAGCUGUUUCCUGAGUGAGCAAUAUGAAUUGUGAACACAACAUUUGGAGGUCAUAAGCGAACCAGAUAUUAUGGAUUAUAAUUGGCAUUUCUAGUUAUUUUUCAACACUUUCCCCGUGUGUGUAAUAGUCCAAUCUGGGACCAUCACAUUGCACACAUUUACUAUAUCCUAUUUUU